UUCUAAUUUUAAGCUUUUUCCUAGGAAUAAUUAGAACUUUAGAAAAUUUGCUUUUCUUUGCAUUUGCACGUUUUCAGCUAUUUAGCUGGCUCUGCUCCAUUUGCACGUUUUAAGCUAUUUGGCAGGCUCUGCUCCAUUUUGAAUACCUCUGUGUGAUGCACAGCUUUGUUAGUCUGAAGUGCUGAUAUCGUUAUUAAAGGCAGUCUGUCCCCUAUUGUGCUCAAUUUAAUUUUCACGGGAGUGAAAUUCAUGCACCGUUGAGCUUGAUCGAUCAUUAAACGAUUUAAACCAAUCAGAGACAACUCUGAUUCUUUGGAAUCAAAUGGCUGUGUUUCUAUUGUAGUGAAGCUGUGGCUAGAAAUAUCUGGUUCCCUGUUUGGUUUCUGCGACAGAUAAGUCAACAGGGAAAAGAAAUGCUGCCAUUAUCAUCAUUCAAUUCCAGUAAUUAAAUCUUCUUGCCAUUUCCGAUAGCCUUUUGCUCGCAGUUUACCUGGUCGUCCACUUCCGCAGCUAGGCCAGCCAAAGCGAGCAUCGUAAUACUUUAAGGUAGGAUAAACUAUUGUUCAUAUUAGCCAAUCAUUGAGGGGACAGAUUGCCUUUAACUAAAGGACAAAAUCCAGUUUUAUGGAAAUUAACUUUGUCCUAUCAUAAUGACUUUGGUUUUUUUAAGAUAGUGCUGCUAUCCACUAAUGCUACACUGUAAUUAACUGUACAUCAUUAUCAACUUUUGCACCAAUCAAAGUAAAGAUUACCUUAUUAUAACCAUCACGUAACCGUCGAAAGGAAAUCCUUUAUUCCUACUGCAGCGUUGUGUUAUACAAGACAGCAUUGCAUCAUUUAAAGAUUCUUGAAGCUAAGUAGGACCUAGAUGAACUACAGUAAUCAGUAGGGCCCAGGUGAACUACAGUAUUCACACAGGCUCUAUUGCUAUUAUGCUGUGACGUCAUAAGUGCUUUGAGUUGGACAUUGGACUGUAGAUAUCGGAGCACCAAAAUUUUGAAAAACAUUUAAAGAUUUCAGUUAAGGUAUCUAGAAGUCCUUUAACCGUGUUAAAUUCAUGCAUGCAACAGACCCAGUGCAUUUUUCAGGUUUAUACCGUAUGGAUGGUUGUAUUGUCUCAAAAGAAAAAGUCAAUCACUUUUUUCAUUUUCCUUAUAGUUUUUUUCGUAUUUUAGGUAGUUUGUUAGCCAUUAUGAAACCAAUAGAGUUUUCCGCAACGCCAAAAGAAGACCCCAGCAUAUGACCACCGCCUCUAUAUUCUUAAGCCCUGCAACAUCCAAUCUUCUUAAUGAUAUCAGUAAUUAGUUGUCAAUUUUGAUCGUUCUUAUUUUGAUUUGAAUAAGAUUACUUUAUUCUUAUUAACCUUAGGUAAUUUAUUAAAAUUGUACAUUAAAGGUGUUUUAUGUAUUGUUUUAAAAUAUUUUGUGUUUUUUCUUAUAUCAACCUUGAUUUUGAAUUUUAGCGCUUCACAAGUUUACCGUCAAACCUGAUUGCAUUGAGAUAUUUAGAGGCAGUCGACAGAUAUAAAAGUGGCCUAAGCCAUCUGCCAAUCAAAAUUAGCCAAUCAAUGGAAUCACACUUACUGAUUGGUCAAUUUUUGACUGAAAGAUGACUUAAGCCCCUCUAGUAUUUGUCGACUGCCUUUUGAGAUCUUUAGACCCUUUAGGCAUAUAAUCUGAUGCGGUAAAAUGUAGACCUUUAAACUUUUCCGAUUAUUCAGAUUCGUCCAAUUAUACAGAUUUGUCCGAGUAUUCAAACUUUCAAGGAAUUUUUUAGGAAACUACUGUUAGUUAAUGAAUUGCCUGGACAAAGACAAUUGUGAAAGGAAAAAGCUUUGUCUUGUAACUAAAAAAAACUUUUGAAUUAUUGGAAUCAGGCUUUUGAAUUAUUGGACUAAUUGCCAAAUACCAUUUUAGCGCCUUACUCAAUUUUAAGAAGCUCCUUGUUUAUGCAUAGUCGUAUAUUCCACUUCAAACAUUCCCAUUGGCUAAUUAGCUGGUCACGUGACAUCAUAAGUAUUUCACUUUUGUACAAUGAUAAGAAACUGUCGACUAAACACCUGUAUGAAUGUGUAUUCAAUAAGCAAUCAUUCUCUGAAUCAAUUUUGGUAAUUUACAAUAUAAAUCCUACUGCUUCGCCCAUGAAUAUUACCUUGUUGCUUUUAAACUAUCAUUUUACCUAAAAAGUUCUUAUACAGAUUCAAAUAGGGCUGUCAGUGUUUGGUAAAAAUGCACUGGUAACACAAACUUGGCGCUUUUUGUGGCUGAAGAAAUGUCUGCCUCAAUGUCUCAUUAAUAUUUAUCAUAUCAUCAGACAUUGUUAUUCAUGAGAUUGUAAUCCCUAAACCUCAUUUUCAUUUGCUCAAAUACAAAUUCAAACUUCUUUAAAUUUUGGUCAGUACAGUCCAAUCAUAAACUCUCGGUUUUUCCGUGUACCAGUGGCUCAAAUCGUUUUGUUGUUUUUGCAGGUAAUUUCCUACGCCAAAUGGGACAAAGCAGCAGUAAAGAAGCAACUGGUUCGACGCAGAUAGGAGGCCAGACUUACGGGCAAAGCCUCGUUUCAUCAAGCAGAACAAGCACGAGCAGCUUUGACUCAUGGGAUAGCUAUCCUGCUUUGAUACCGUCCCGCUCCACAGCACGGGAACUCAGGAUUAAAGAAGGAGACAACAUUGCUUGCAGAAUCUUCAAAGUACUCGGCUAUCUGAAGAGAAAAGUUACAAAAAAAGAUUGUUCUGCUCUCGAGAAAUCAGAGACAAUGUUUCCUGUUGAAACAACUAGCUCCUCAAUGAAGUGUCCGGAUUGUCCGCCAGUCAAAAGUCUAGAUGAGCUUGUGAAGUGCACAAAGUUUUCUCGUAUUGAGUUGCAACAUAUGUACGAAGGGUUCAAAAAUGACUGUCCCGCUGGAAUCGUCAAUAGAGAAACAUUCAAAGAGCAGUAUGCAAAUCUCUUUCCAGAGGGAGAUUCUUCAUUGUAUGCAAACGUCAUAUUCAACACAUUCGACACUAAUAAAGAUGGCAAGAUCAACUUUCAGGACUUUGUUAUUGGCUUAUCUGAGACCAUUCAUUGCAACUUACAUGAAAAACUGAGGUGGACCUUCCGAUUGUAUGAUGUCGAUGGUGAUGGAAUACUAACAAAAGAGGAAUUAGUUGCAGUAUUAGAUGCAGUAUACAGAACAGUUAAAUCCGAGUACGUUGCAGCUGACCAAAUAUCAACAAAUUAUUCUUGCGAGCAUCUCAAGAUACAGGAAUAUGCUGACGAGUUGUUCAUGGGAUUGGAUAAAAAUGGAAAUGGAGUUGUUGCUGAAAGUGACUUCGUCGAAGCAUGCUUAAACGAUAGAAAUUUGUUAUCGCGUUUAGCAGUGGCGAAUCAGUAUAUCAGCAUGACAGGGGAAAUGGAUGAAACUGCCAAUCAAGAUAUCUUACACGAUUGCUCCUGCGCAUCAAGCUACCAGAGCCAAACUGUCAUGGGGAUGGACAUGUCUCCCACACUUCUGUGUCGAAACUUAGUUCGCAGCCGAAGUUUUACGAACUUGAAAGAAGAGCAACAUCUUAGCUAUAUGAAGGAAGAUUUAGAAUUGUCCGAGUUCUAAUGACGGAGUUUUGUUUAAUUUUUAAGGAUAUUUAAUGGGCAUUCAUCCUUUGAUUAGUAGAAGAUAUGUUUUUGGCAAAGAGCUUGUUCUUUCAACGAUAUGAAUCUGCAAGCAGGGGCAUCGCGACAGGGGGGUGUGGGGGGGUGUCACACCCCCCCAAUAGUAUCUCGAUAGGAAAUUUCAGAUAAAAUCCGCCCAGUGGAAAAAACGCUUUAGGUAUUUCAGCGAUCUUCAUGAUGUAUUAACAUCAAUAAAGGAUCAAGCAAAGAUAGUUGCUCCUUUGGCUAAAUAUGAUACUUCUUGAUAUGAAGGAAGAUAAAAAAACUAAUGACUUGAAGAUUUGAAGAUUUCUUGUUAGCACAAAAGUUAAAAAUCCAGGCACUCUUUAGGUAAAAUUGUGUCUUGUGUCCAUUUUCCCUAAAAAUGCAUGCUAAGAUGGAAAGAGGUAUCUAAAUUGACAACCAGCGCUGCUUGUUACCUAGCUUUAGAAGUAACUGACAACAUGAAAUUUUUCAAGACCACUGUAAAAUUGUACCAGUUGUUUUUAUCUGCUGUUCCAUUUGUUUGCAAAAUUUGAAAAAAUUUUCGGUAGGAUAAGGAGGAUUGCUUCAAUAAAAUUUACUUGAAAGAGUGCAUUUUCCAGGGAACUGGAAGCAUCCAACAAGGCUUGCCUCGCAACGGCCCUGCCUGCAAGUUUUAGUCAAAAUGAGAAAGCAAUGUUUUUUCAGGAAAUUGUUAAGUUGGAUUAAAAAAGGUGUGGAAGGACCUUGCCUCCAAGAAGUCCAUAUAUUAGAGUAAAUACACAAUGGGUAUGUAUGUGCCUAUUAAGGACCCUGUGGGUAUAUGGCGCAAUUUUAGUGCUUUUCCUAUUUAAUGUAUGAUAAAAGUCCUGUAUUCAAUAUACUUAUAAUGAUGUGAUAUGAUAUAUAUUUAGAUGCAAAGAUUCCGGUUUGCUGGUCUUAUCUAAUGAACUUGAUGCCCGAUAGGAGAGCUGUACAUGCCUUUUGUGUGUAGACCUUUGUUGGUGUUAGUGAAGAAGUCUGAGUUUCAUGCUAAAUGCGAUCAUUAAGCAACUUAACUCAGACAAUAUGGUUGCAUGAUAUCAAGCAGAACAACAAGAUUUACGCUAAGCUUUGGAAAUAGGUUUGCAGUAAUAUUUGGCACGCUUUCAUAAAAAAAGGUAAUCCGAUAAAAG